AUGAAACGAAUUAAGCAAAGAAAAGAAUCCAUUGAAACUAAAGGAAGUGAUCAUACAAAUUUAAAAAGAAAAAAAAGUCCCAGUCGAGAACAUCACUCGAGGAGCAGAUAUGAGGAAUACUAUAAAUAUAACGAAAAUUAUAAAAUACACUCAACGGAAGAGUAUAAUAAAAAGAAAAAAAGAAGUGCUUUAAGUUUAAAAUCAGAAAAAAAAGAUGUAGAAAAUAUUCGCAUGGGAUCAAAUAGUAGGGGACGUGAGUAUCCAUCUAAUAGUAACAAUCAUCGAAGAAGCAAAACCAAAAGCUCGAGUCGAUACGAACGCCACUUGGGUAAUCUGGAUGUGCAACCCAAACAACGUGACAGUGAAAAGAAGCAGCAAAAGAAGGAGGAACAGAAGGAACGAAAGAUCAAGAAGGAGAAAGAGGAGAAAAGUUCCAAUAAUCCAAAUAGCUCUAAUAAUCCAAAUAGCUCUAAUAAUCCAAGUAGGUCUAAUAAUCCAAAUAGCUCUAAUAAUCCAAAUAGCUCUAAUAAUCCAAGUAGGUCUAAUAAUCCAAAUAGCUCUAAUAAUCCAAGUAGGUCUAAUAAUCCAAGUAGGUCUAAUAAUCCAAAUAGCUCCAAUAAUCCAAAUAGCUCCAAUAACCCAAAUAGCUCUAAUAGUAGAGAUACAGAAGCAUGUGUCAAGCACGUGAGGCGUAACCAUAAUCGUAGUAGAUCAUCAGAUAACCCACGAAAAAGCAAUAAAGAAUCCGAUAAUCAGAACAUAAAUAUAAGCUAUAAGGAAGUACUAAGCAAUUAUGUGAAAUCGCAUAAAAGGUGCUUAUUAAAUGCAAAACAAAUAGACAAUUACAUAGAAACAGAAGCGAUAACAGGGAAGAGGACAUCACUAAAAUUGAGCAACCUCAUUAUUAAAGAGGACGAACAAGAUGAAAAGUUAAACAUGCUUGAUAUUACUAAAUUUUAUGGUAAUGUAAAAAUAAAAAAAGUGAAUAACAACGUUGGCAAGGUAGAUUAUUACACUCUUGCAAGUAAAAUAAACACAAAUCUGAAGGUCAUCGAAUAUCUGGAUAUAAUCAAGUUACCUGUAUCAGAAGAUGUAGAUGACACUUUGGUGUCUCCUUGUAUUGGUUCCUUUUGGAGUGGUAAAAUAAAAGUGCCUGCAAAGGGUGCCAAAAAGGGUGGAGAAAAAGGCGAUGAAAAAGGCAGCGAAAAAGGUGGCGAAAAGGGCAGCGAAAAGGGUGUCCCCAAAAAUGACGCUCAUGAAACGUGCCAACGAAAUAAUCAACUGUAUCAUGACCUUUGGAAGUAUCCCCUAGAAAUAAUCGACAAAUUCCUUUUUAAAAAUAAAAAUCAUGAUUAUAACAAAUGGAUUCCAAACUGCCGAAUAUUAGUAGCAAUAGGACUACCAAUGCAACAAAAGGCCCGUCAUAUUCUACACAAUUUAAUAGACAUAUACUAUCGUAACAAAGAUAAAGACGGAAUAUUAGAUAUAAUGAAUAUAGACGAAUUUGAUUUCUUGUUUGAUGCAUUAAAUUUAUAUUCAUGUGUGGAGGAACAUCGAAACAAAUAUGAAUUCUUAGCUGAUAAUUUAGGCAUUUUCAAAUUUGUUUUAUUAUUCGGAGCAGAAUAUACUACGUGCAGAAAUGUGUUAGACUACUCACACUUGUAUUGCACCUUUAACGAAUUUUAUAAACGAAAUUCAUGUCCUAUAGGUUCCAUGGGAUUAAUUUAUUUCAAAAAUGAAAAUUAUGCAAGAAAAUUUUGGCUUACUUUUAAUACUUUUUCAUCGUCUCUUUAUGAAAAAUAUAUUAAGAUAAUACCAGACAUUAACGAAUUGAAGAUAUAUAUUGAAGCAUCUAUGUAUUAUAUUGUUCCUGAAUCUCUCUUUGCAACUAUUAAUUAUUCUCAACUCAAUAUGGUACUUAACAAUAUACAGAAAAAAUGUCCAACUAUAUUUGGAGCAAUUAAUAAUAUCAAAUCCAAAUAUCCAGAAAAAAAAUUUUGGGAUCUUAUUUUUGUUAACGUGGCUCUUGUCAAUGCAUCCCCCACGGCAGAUGAAAGUUCAGAAGGAGUCAGUAAAGUGAAGGGGAAUUUUAUCGGCGAUUUCAAUGGUGGAAUUAUGAGUGACACGAACAGAUCAAUUAGUCUUGGUGUUAGAAGUAAUGUUGAUAGAGAUCAGAAAAGGGGAGAAGGUAGAAAUCAGUGUAAGGAUGAGGAUAGCCAAGGAGAUAGUUGCACAAUAAAUUCUGACAUUAAUAAAAAUGCAAAUCAAAAUAGUCACAAAAUUCCAACAGAUGAAAAUAACACAAUGGAACUUCAAGGUUAUGAAAAUAUAUUGCCUAACACAAUACACUAUAUUCCCAAUUUCCUUAUGCGUAUUUACAACACACACAUAAACAAGUAUCUAAUGGACAAGGGAUUAUGCCUACUGGCAUGUCCAUAUUUAGACGAACAAUCUGGAAAAAGAGUAGCAGAAUUCUUAAAAAAAUUUUAUUUACUAGAUUGGUUAUAUAACGAAUCAGAUGAAACAUGUUACUUCUAUGUUUUUAAAACUAUACUGAAUGUUUUUGCAGUUUUUAAAAAGGUUUUUAAUGGUACCUUUGAAUAUACAGUAUGUGUUCUCUUCUUGAAAUUCCCAUUUGGAUUAGUUCCAUCUGUUUAUAUUAGUGUAAUUCCUAAUAUGCAAAGUAAAGCUAAGCAGGAUCUCCUCAAUGUAGCACCACCUAAAGUUAUUCCCGAGGUGAAAGCAGAAAAGGAAGAGAAACAAGUAGACGAUGCAAAAGGUGUGAAAGGUGUGAGUAAUGUGGGAACUGUAAAAGUUGUCGGAGAUGUGACAGAUGUGAAGAAGUCAAAGGAAGGAAAACAAGCAGAUUAUUUGAAGGGAGUGAAAGAAGCGAAUGGGGUUAAGGAAGACGCAGGAAAUGGAGAAAAUAUAGGCACAAAGAAUUCUGUACAAAUAUGGGCAUCAGCUCAAACGUGUAAUAAUGUUUCUAUAAAAGAACUAAUAAGUAAUGUAGCCAAUUCAUUUGACAUAGAAAAUGUGAUAUCCGGGUCAAUUGGAAGGUAUCUAUUUCCUGAACAGAAUACAAAAGUAGGGAAAUUCCGCGAUGAGGAAAAUUCUUCUGUACUUGUUUCGGCUCCCCAUCAAGGGAUGAUGGUUAUGUAA